AUAAACUGACAGGUAAAUAUCGUUUUAGAUGAAGGAAUUUUAUUAUUGUCUUAUUGUGAUUGUUUUUUUGUUUUUAUUUUUUUUGUCUCAAGACCCUAUAAAGUAUGGCUGGUGUUGUGGCAAUGGCAUCUGUCAUAGAGGAUUUUGACACACAGCCUUGCAAUAAAUCAAGCACUGAUGGUGGCAGUGCUGUUGUCAAGACAAUCACCAGCUACUUCUCUCCUGUGGCCAAAGCUGUGGAGAAACCGUUCUCACCCCCGCGCUCCAAUAACAUCAUGGACUACUUCAGCCGUGGGCCUCUGACCUCCAAAGUAAAAUCCAGCCCAUCACAAAUCAUCAAAGAGAUUGGUCAGAGGUCUUCAGAAAAACACAUCAACCUAGAGGUAGCGGACAAGCAGCAGUCUGUUAAACGGAAGAGAAAAACAACUAAAGCUGUAAGUAAGCUCUUGGAUCUUGGAACUGGUAUCUCAGAUGAUGAGGCAAACUGCUCUAUUGUGGAGGGAUCGAACUUGGCGCCAGAUUGCCAGAGUGUCUGUGCUGCUGUUAGCAAUCACACAGAUGCUCUGCUGUCUCAGAUUAGUGCCGAUGCCUAUAUCUCUAAUCGAUCAAUGGAAAGCAACACCUGUCAGCCUGUUAAACAGGCUCAAAAUGAUGAAUGUCACAAAGGUGCCUCUAAAUGUGGGAAGGUUGACCUGCCUGAACGAGACGUGUCAACCAAUUGCGCCUCAUCCACGGUUGCACGUGUAAAAGACAAGGGGAAACACGUUAAAACAAAAGCUGUAUGCACUUCAAAGAAGACUAAACAAAAGGAGGAAAACUAUUCUGAAUCUGAGCAGGAAGGUUCAGAAAAUUCCUGUGCAGUCCACACAGAGGUUACUGGGGGCUCUGAGUUGAAGAACAACACGGUAAGGAUCUCCUUUGAGGAUUUUGUGCGCAGUCAGAGCGAGGUCAAGGGUGAAGAAAAGACAACUGCUGUGCAAUGCGAAGGGAAUAAGAUACCUCGAGAGGCAGAUAAAUUGGACACUCACCAGUUGGACGCCUCGAAUUCCGUAGCAUCCACAGAGGUCUCUGUCCAAGUCUCACCCCAAACCAUCACAAUUCAGGCUCAAAUGCACACCAUCUCGCCAAAGCAGGAAGCGGGAAAACCUGAGGCAAGUCGAAAUUUGCUAAUGAACCGGAGAAAAGGUGCGAAAUGUCUUCCAAAGGCAGAAUCACCUUCUCACACGGAGCCUGUGACAGCCAAACGGAAAUCCAACGUGGUACUUGAAGAGGAGGAUCUUGACUUGGCUGUGAUUGAGAGUGAAUCCACACCCAAGUGCCACGACGUAGAGAGAAGACAGUUCAUGGCGGCCUUCAAACAACCCAGCCUGGAUGGGUCCAAAGCAAAGCUGGGCAAGAACCAGGACAAACCAAAGCAACCCGCAGAGAAGGAUGCAGAGGAAAAUGACUAUCAGGAAAACAAAAUGAUGACAAAGACCAAACCACAAAGAAAAUGUAUGAAAACAGCAGAAAGAGUCACGACCUCAUCAAAGAUCCCUGAGGACACCUUGCCUACUGAAUCUGAUGACAAAGAGGAGCCCGAUGCUUCCUUAAAUCCCUCUCGCCCAGUUGUGAGGAGGUCUCGAAGAGAGGCUGUUGUUAGGCCAGCCCCUCAAACUUCAGAAGCAUCUUCCGUUAGCAAAGUGCAUAGCUUGAAGGAUUGCGCAGAGACCUCAGUGAAAGGAUCAUCCCCUAAAAUACGCAAGUCCAAAUAUGGAGUCUAUGUAGCAGAGAUGCUCUGCCCACCUGAUGCUAAAGAGAGUCCAAUCAGGAUAAAAUUGAGGAGAAUUCAUCGAAAUGAAUCUGGAGCUGGCAAAAAUCCUUCUUUGGCCUGUCAUGCAUCGGACAACACCAAAAAACAGAAAAAGGCGAAGAAAUUAGUGGCGAAGGCGAAAGCUGUUCAACAGACGAAGAAAAAUGCUGUUGAGAAGAAUACCUUAAGGCGUUCAUCAAGGACCGAGGCUUCUAUAUCCAAGAGUUAUUGUGAAGAUGAGAAUUUUGUCAUCUGCCUGGAUGACGCCCAAACUGUUUCAACUCAGACGGGACCACAAAAAAGUACAACUAAGACGUCUCUACGCAAUCUAAAUGACGUACUGGGAAAAGCCACUAAAGCUCCCCCAGACUCCAAGGGCACUUUGCCAGGCCAGGAGAAGAAUGUUCGCAAGGCACCUCCUGUGAUUUCCAUCUUUGAUGACAGCAGCCACGAGGGCUCUGAAAACUGCCAAGAUGAUGAGCAGUUCAAGGCUCGCAGAGACUUUCUCAAGAGUGGCCUGCCUGAGUCCUUCAAGAAGCAGUUGGCCAAGGCUGCUGCCACCAAAGAGACAUACACGCUUUCCUGUGCCUCUUUCCAACCAGUUGUACACAUGAUGCAAAUACCAAAUGAUUGUCCUCUUUGGAGUCUACCCUGGCCCGAGUCUCCCCAACUCUGCCGUCUCAAUGAGCUUUGUAUCCAAAUGUCUUACCCCUAUCUACCUCUAAGUGGCUCCUUGGGCCUGAAGACAAAACCGCACCAUCAAGUAUUUCGUGAACGAGGUUCGGGCUGGAGGUUUGAGAUUUCUGAAAAAGUUCGUCAGCUUCUGAUGGAAGAGGUCAGCACCUCAAACCCUGUCUUCCCCGGUAAGACAUUCCUGCCUCGCUUCUUGGCGAGACGUGCUGAUCACCAACAACACUUUGAGGCUGCAAGCACAAGGUCGUCACCCAAGUCAGUAGGAGGGAAGAGGAAGAGAACAGAUGACAAGGUGGCCAAAGUAGCUAAAAAACAGCGGGCUGCCCAUCAUGAAGACAACAUUUGUACCUUGGAGCCAAAGCCAUCAAAGAGUGUGGGUCGCACAAGACGAGCCCAGAGAGCCAGACUGGAUAAGGCAAAGGACAAGCCGUCGCCUGGAAAAAAAGAUGCCGUGGUUCUGCUGGAUGACCUGCCCGAGGACACUGAGAAGAAAAUUGAGGUAAAGGAGGAUGUGUUGUGGACAGAAAAAUAUCAGCCGCAGCACUCCGGUGACAUCGUUGGCAACACGGCCUCAGUGCAGAUGCUGCACAGUUGGCUGAAGGAAUGGAAGCUCCGUGCAGACAGGGACGAGAGAAAUAAGCAGAAAGAAAAGAAGCAAGAGGAAGGCAGCAACGACUCUGACUGGGACUGUCGAGAUGAAGACCCUCUGUCCGCAGAGGACUCGUUGUGCAAUACCGUCCUAAUUAUAGGACCCACGGGAAUAGGAAAGACCGCCUCAGUCUAUGCCUGCGCUCAGGAGUUGGGCUUUAAGGUGUUUGAGGUGAACGCUUCAUCUCAACGGAGUGGCCGUCUGAUUCUGUCCCAGUUGAAGGAAGCCACUCAGUCGCACCAGGUGGACAGUCAAGGAGUCAGUGCCAACAAGCCUGCAUACUUUAACAGCUACAGCACAAGCAGCGGCACCGGCAAACAUGGAUGCUCUCCGAGGAAGUUGAACUCUCCUCGCGGGGUUGUCUCAUCUCCCAGAAAACGUCCCACCUCCCCGAGAGGUACGAAACGAGGAGGCCUGCCUCCAACCUCUCUAGCUAACUUUUUCAAAAUGGCCCGUCCCAGCAACAAGGAACCACCGAGCACGAAGCAGGAGGACCAAAAGGCCCCGUCCAAGAAAGUGAAGCCGCAGAACAACCCCAGAAAACAGAAAGACACAGCGGUCAAAUCACCCGUGGCUUCCACGACUGAGGAGAACGAGGAGCAGAGCAAGAGGACGGCCACCUCGCUCAUCCUGUUUGAAGAAGUAGAUGUUAUUUUUGACGAAGAUGCUGGCUUUCUUGCUGCCAUCAAGACGUUCAUGAGCACAACAAAGAGACCAGUCAUCCUCACCACCAGUGAUCCCACAUUCAGCGCCACAUUUGAUGGCAACUUUGAAGAGAUCCACUUCAAAACACCCUCUUUGUUGGACAUCAGCAGCUACCUGCGCCUGUUGUGUCUGGUUGAGGACACCAGGACGGAUCAGCGUGACAUCAGCGCGCUGCUCCAACUCAAUGGUUGUGACCUCCGGCGGAGCCUGUUGCAGCUGCAAUGCUGGACUCGAAGUGCAGGGGGGCGCCACGUGACGUCACACUCAGAUGACAGCAACCCAAAUGAAAAUGAACCGAAGCGAGAGCCCGGCGAUGAAACGGCAGACACGUGUGCGCUCUCUGUAACAUCACCUCGACCUCUAUGUGAAAGCGGCUGUACGGAGAGCCGGCUGGGCCUACUGAACAUUGAACCUGAGAGGGACGUAUGGGAGCUGCUUCGGAGUCAGACGCAUGAGACGGCUUGCUGGGAGCUGCUAAUGGAGAGCACUCGACAAGGAGUUAACUUGCUCUACUCCAACAUGGAGACCCUCUUGCCUUUACCACGCACGCAGUUGAUCUCCACCUACAAACCAGAGCCCCCUUCUGAUAUUGCAUCUGCCUGCUCGCAGUCUGACGCGCUGCCUUUCCACCAGCGGCCGCGACAGUCACCCGGGUUGGCCGACAGCUCAGAUGACGGGAGUCCAAUCAAAGUGUCUCGAAGAAUGAAGCCGAGCAAGUGGACACACUAUGUACCUAACCAAGAUGGACUGCACUCUGACUCCGAUUCAGAGGAGAGUUUCCUCUCUCUCAGCAAGCAGCAAGAGGGACCUCAGUUCAAACAGGAACCCGGUGAAAGACUAGUUCCACACUUAGAAAAAAGGAAACCGCUGACUCAGGCGGAGCGUCAAAAGAGUGUUCCUGUCUCCUCGUGUCUUGAAUCGAUCAGUGACUUUUUCCACAAUAUGUCUGACCUUGACUCCUCACUCGUUCAUCACGGGCGCGAUGCUCACAGGGGACCCUCGCAAGUCAGUGCAGCUCUGAAAGACGGAAUGACUGAUGAGUCCAGAGUUGAGCUGGACACGUUGAGCUGGGCGGUGGGCGAGCGCACGCUGGAAAUCCAGACCGCGGUUGAGGCGCUGAGCUUCCGCAAAUGCCGGCGCUCUGUGGAAGAGGCCUGGGAUCGAGCCCGGCGGCUCGAGGGGCAGCUAGCGGAGGACACCGCGGCGGAACUCACCCUCCCUGUUGCCGCUCACUGCGAAUGUUACAGCUUCACUCAGAGCAGCCUCUGUCAGCCCCAGAUUGUGCAGCAGAGGAGAGAUUUAAUGGAGAACCUGGUGUGCAGCGGAACAUUUGCUACACUGGGCAACAGGUCUGCGGUUGCCGUGGACUACUUGCCAGCCCUGCGCACCAUCUGCAGGUCAGAGCAGAUUAAGGAGCAAGGCAAGGUGAAACGACGAUUUUUGCACUACCUGGACUCCAUCCGCCUGGGUCUCCACAAGAAUAGUCUCCAGUAUCUUUCCAAAGACUUCCCAUAAUCCUCAGAGAAGAGCUUCCAUGUACCGGUACUUGUGAUGACGGAUAUUUUUUUUUCACAAGCAGUUCUGGGUUCCAGGUGAAAUGCAGCACGGGCGUGGUGGGGUUAGGAAACUCGACUACAUUGGUAACCCGCUUUUCGUUGAAAGUUGUUCUCUCAGCUGCGUCCAAGCGAAGUCUCAGAGCGGGAUGACGACUUGAAUUACGACCACAACAGAAAUGUUCUGGCAUCACUCAUCUCACAUGCGGUGUUGCACUCAAUUGAUCACUUAAGCAAUGUGUUUUUGUACAUUUGGUUUUUUUUUUUUACUCGGUAGAGAUUAUGAUUUGUUUUGCUUUUUGAGACGUGUUUCUAAUCGCAUAGGAAUUGCCCUUAGAGCAAGUGUGGAUCUCUAAUCAAGCGUAAGAUUUGAAUGUGAAAAAUAGCAAAACAUUUGUGUGUAAAGGCUUUGUACGAAUUAGUUCACAGCCAUAUAAUGUAUGGAGUGUCUUAAUUGUUGACUUUGAAGUCCUAAAUGGCACAUUCAAAUCAUCACAUUUAUUACACAUACCUUAUAUUUGUACACUCGAAUAAAAUUAAAGUUUUAUUCAAUUUUAACAAA